CCCGUAAUUUCAUCAAUUUUAUAAAUUUGCUAUUUAGUCAUCAAUGACGUUUUGCAACACCUGAAUAGUGUACGCGCUGUAACUUUUCAUGAUAAGUAAACAGUCGCUAGAGAUAUGUGUCUCAAUGUUUUAUAUUAGUAUUCAUACGUAAUCUUUAAGAUUUAAAUUACAAUGGAUCAAAGUAAUCGCCAAAGGAGAAAUGAUUUAGAUAUAGAUAGUUUUCGAAGUGAAGAGCCAGGGUUUGAUAGAGCUCGUAUGAGAAGACAAUCCGGAGGCUUCGUGGAUUUGGGCAAUGAAUCACAAUAUGGUACAGGUGGACACCAAGCUUCAGGAGCUAAUGAAAUUUUUGCAGACAUACAGGGUGAUGUACCAUGGUGGAAGUCAAACUUCUUCAUAUCCCAGCCAGUACUGUUUGGCACUUGGGAUGGGGUGUUCACAUCAUGUCUCAUAAACAUAUUUGGUGUCAUUGUCUUCUUACGAUCAGGAUGGAUAGUGGGACAAGCUGGCUUAGUAAAUGCAAUAUUUAUAGUGCUUUUUACAGUUUUUGUAGCAUUGAUCUCAGUAUUGUCAGCUGUGGGAAUUUGUGAACGAUGCAGAAUAGAAAGUGGUGGAGUAUACUUCUUGCUAGCCCACACCUUAGGGUCUAGGAUGGGUGGAGCUCUUGGCAUGAUUUAUUGUUUUGGUCAGGCUGUUGGUUGUGCCUUAAAUGUGUUUGGUUUUGGUGAAUCAAUGGCUGGUUUUGUCAUUGAUGACCCGCUGAGUGACACACACAAGUGGGUGUCAAGAGGCUUUGCUAUUGCUGCUCUACUACUAUUGGGUACCAUAAAUGUGGCUGGUGUAAAAUGGGUAGUGAAGUUACAAUUUGCUCUGCUCAUGAUCAUAAUGUUAGCAGCGUUAGACUUCUUUGUGGGAUCAUUCACCACUGUUCCUACAGAUCCUCAUUUACAGCUUGAAUUCAAAGGAUGGCUUAGUGGUGUUGCAGCUAAUAAUACAUGGCCAGCCUACCAAGAUGGCUACACAUGGUUCAAAUGCUUUGGAGUGUUUUUCCCCACCAUCACUGGCAUAUUAGCUGGAAUAAAUAUGAGUGGAGAUUUAAAGAAUCCCUCUGUAAACAUACCAAAUGGCUCCUUGGCUGCAAUUGGAACAGGGACGUUUUUAUACCUGAUGUUCAUAGUAACAUUAGCAGCUACAGUUACCCGGGAAGGUUUGCUUAAAAACCUAUCGAUAACAGCCGAUAUUUCAGCUGUGACUGUUUUAUUGCUUGCUGGAUUGUAUGUCAGCUCCAUGAGCUCGUGUUUGGGCGCUAUGUACGGAACACCAAGAGUGUUACAAAGCAUUGCCAAUGAAAAAGUUAUACCAGGAUUAGAAUUUCUUGGACAUGGGAGAGGUCCAAACAAAGUACCAGUAUAUUCGAUGGUGGUAGUUGCCGUGGUAACAGUCACAUUCAUCAUAAUCGGUGACAUCAACCAACUUGCACCCAUUGUCACUAUGCCGUUCCUCCUCACAUAUGCUUGCAUUGAUUAUUCGUACUUUGCUCUCGCUCAAACUUUUGAUUUGCAACAUAGACGCGAAAUGAGGUAUCAAGGUCAUUCAUCACAACGUGACACUCAAGUGUACGGCGCCACUGGAAGCGAUCUGGAUUUAUUGUUCCCGGAAAGAAUAAGGCAUAAAAACGUUGGGGACUUCACACCUUCACCAACGGAUUCUGCAAUUAUGAACGGACGGAUGUCUAACGGAGACGGCGUUCGACGACCAAGUAUUAGCGUUCAUUCCAAAAACAAAAACUGGUACUCUCACCUAUGUAACCGUUGGCUAUCCUUUGUUGGGGUAGCAAUAAAGUUACUGCUCAUGUUUCUUGUCCAUUGGGGCUACGCUCUCGGCUGCCUCAUUAUUUUGUGGUUGUUCUGGCUUUACAUUGGGGCGGCGAACCCAGCAUUGAAACCAGGAAGAGCAUCCGAAUUCCGCUUUUUCCAUUGGAUGAAAAUUUCCUUCCUACAAUUAAUAGGAAAGAGGCCUUUAGAAUACGAACAGUUGGUUGUGACCCCGGUGCAUGCAGAUAUAACUCUAGAACAGGAGCGAUUGAACGAUGACAACGAAGACUUCGCAUCACGCCGCCGCUACCAUCAGUCCACUGCCCUUCAAAGCCAUCUCGUCAGCGUCGAUAGUUAAGGACUUUAUGGCUUUAAAAUAUUGAGAUUGCUACUUGUAAGCUUACACAAUACGUCAAUCAAAACUUGCUAAAAUAUUCGAUCAAAUAGAGCUCUUGUACUAAGUAUCUUCAAUUCCAGUCUUCUAUAUUUCCGACUAUUAUAUUCUGCUAUUUAAAUUAUCGUCUUCUGCAGACAAUGAAGAAUUCCAAUAUUCGGUUAAAUUGUGAUUAUUAGGCUUAUUAUACACCUGCAUUUAUACUUUAUACUUUUUGACAAUUAUUUUAAUGAAUACGAUUUAUAAAUUUCCUAAUGAAAACAUGAACUACUUAUUCUCAUUAAAUUUUUUAAUAUACUUUCGUGACUAGCUAUCUACUUGACGCUUUUUAUAUAAUGUUUUUAAGAUUUAUUUUUACUUAUAGUAAAAUUUCCGCACAAUAAUAAGUACCCUAGUUAUUUCAGGAAAAAUGUUCUAAAUGAUUAACGACAUCGCGUCAUUAAACUGCUGAUAAACUAUCUAACAAUAUUGUAACGUAUGACUGAUCUAAGCUGUACAUAACAAUUUAUUUUGUAAUUUAUGUCCCCACUAGAAUUUGUUAAGAUUUAAAUUAAGAAAUUAUUAAUAAAGCUAUAUAUUUAUUAUAAAUUGUACUCUACGUUUGUAAGAUAAUAUCUAAUUGGACCAUUUUAUUAAUAAAUUAUUUUUAUAUU